GGGACAGACCGUACUCCGAGAGCACAUGAUAAAGCGCUGCUCCGCAAACUGCGUGUUUCUCGGGCGCAGAAACCAAUGUCCUGGAGGUUAAUCAACUGUCAAAUCUAAUGAUUCUUCCGCUCUGUUCGUCAAUCGUCGUUGAACCGUCGUUAUUUGAUGGUCUAAAGUCAAGACAUGUCGGAGGUCGCAAGCAAUUAUCCCAUCGAUUUUUUCUUCUUUGUCAUGGAUGGAAUUGGUGAAAGUAAUCUGCUGCUUUGAUGAUUUCCUCUAGCUUUCCAGAGAAAUCUCAAUCCGAGUGGUCAAGUUAUCACGGAAAUUGAUUAAUAAUGUUUUCCUAAAAUCCAUUUCGUUUUGAAGAGGCGAAGCUGCGCAUGGAAAUAACGUGGAUUAUAUUGUACAGAAUAAAUUGUGCUUGAAGAGUCAGCUCAGUCUGCCUGUGAACUGUCCACCUGUCUGUCCACAGGACAUGUGUGGUGUAACAGACGGAAGGAUUCUCUCAUCCUGCACUGAGGCUGGAAUAGGGAUAAAUCCUACUAUGGAAUAGGAGAAACAAAACAUCUGUAGUAUCCCUGUGAGAAAAUAUGUUCAACCCUUCACCUCUACAGGACGAAGGAUGUCAGAAGUGAUGCAGAAUCUGGAAAAAUGUCAAACCCAGAGAGGCUGCCAGGAAUGUAUUUUACCUUGUUUUUGUUUAUUAUCACGAGAUUCAGUGAAACAAAGAAUCAAUCAAAAAAGAACAUGUUAAUCUUUGGAGGAGAGCGAGAAAAACAGGAGAUAAUCUUACUAAAAGCUUUCUCUCCGACACAACGUUUCUUCCCGCUAUGAGCUGAUUUACCCUUUCCCACCCCCUGUGCACACACGCACGCAAACUCACUCACACAACAAUGGAUCUGCUGAACUACACCAGGGUCUUCACGGACAGUGACAGAGGACUCUUAUUGGACGAGACCGACUCCUCAACCCGCAUUCUGACGGGCUGUUUUCUCUCGUUACUUAUCCUCUCUACAUUGCUCGGCAACAUCCUUGUGUGUUCUGCCGUCACCAAGUUCCGUCACUUGCGUUCCAAAGUCACCAAUUACUUUGUGAUCUCACUGGCCGUAUCCGACCUCCUGGUCGCUGUCCUAGUAAUGCCGUGGAAGGCUGUGACAGAGAUGGCCGGGUUCUGGCCGUUUGGUUCGUUCUGCGACACCUGGGUGGCGUUCGACAUCAUGUGCUCCACUGCGUCUAUCUUAAACUUGUGUAUUAUCAGCGUUGACCGCUAUUGGGCGAUAUCCAGCCCCUUCUUCUAUGAGAGGAAAAUGACUCCUAAAGUGGCGUUUGUGAUGAUCAGUGUGGCCUGGAUGCUCUCCAUUCUAAUCUCCUUCAUUCCUGUCCAGCUCAACUGGCACAAGUCCCAUACUUUCACCUCUGCCUUCACCGCCCCUAUCGGCCUCCAGGACUCCCCAAACUCGUCUAAUCCUUUUGGGGGUAACAACACGUAUCAGACCCCCCGGGAAUGGGACAACUGUCACUUCAGCCUGAACCGGACAUACGCCAUCUCCACCUCACUCAUCAGCUUCUACAUCCCGGUGAUCAUCAUGGUGGCCACUUACACCCAGAUCUACCGCAUCGCCCACCGUCAGAUCAGCCGCAUCGCUGUCCUGGAGCGUGCCGCAGAGAACGCCAAAAACCGACACGACAGCAUGGGCAAAGGCGGCUCCAGCAUCUCAGAGUCGGAGAGCUCCUUCAAGAUAACGUUCAAGCGGGAGAGAAAGGUGCUGAAGACAUUGACUCUGAUCAUGGGUGUGUUCGUGUGCUGCUGGCUUCCCUUCUUCAUCCUGAACUGCAUCGUGCCAUUCUGCGAGCCGCCACCCUCCGGUGGAGCGGAGGGCUUUACAUGCAUCAGCCCCACCACGUUCAACGUGUUUGUGUGGUUCGGCUGGGCGAACUCAUCCCUCAACCCCAUUAUAUACGCCUUCAACCCCGACUUCCGCAAAGCCUUCUCCAUCCUUCUGGGCUGCCACAGACUCGGCCCCGGUGCUCACGGCAUGGACACCUUCAUCCUAAAUAAGAAGUGACUGACGAAGAAACUCUCUCGGACGGGUCGGGCACCUGCAAGAUUAUUGGGGUCGUCAGCCGGGAGGAGUGUUCUAUUCCAAGUGAGUUGGUCCCGGCUAAUUUCCUAGUUAAGUGAUCAGAGAAGAAAGAAGCUUAACAGCUUAGCAGGGUUUGUCUCAGAGGACACGUCCAGCUCUUUGAUUUCCCGGAGCAUUUUGGGUCAUAGCUACUAGAUGCAUUUUAGAAAGUUGGGAGAAAUUAGUACACUCUAAGUGGUACAUUCUAAAGGGAUAGACCAUUUGUGAUGCCGAUGUGAUGCAGACAGAGGCGAUGGCGCAGUGAGUCAGAGCCCCUGAUUGGGCAUUGAUACAGCGACACAGUGUCUCUGGGCUGUGCAGUGAUCCAGUGAGUCAAGUGACUUCGGACUACAAUGCCCAGGGCCACAGAGAUGUUAUAGAGCUGAAGGAGGGGGAAGGAUUAAGAUAGUGAGUGUUCUGUUGUAUCAUGACAAGGAGAGGUAGAGGUGUCUACUAUCCUUUCAGAUGUAUAAUCCAAAGACCAGGCAGGCAUGAGAGGUUAGAGACAAACCAAGACAUACUGUAUUUAUUUACCAUAUAAACAAGAUAAUUUAUCCACAGGUGACUUACAAAUUGCUGUACUGGAUCAGCUCCAAGGAUUGAUGUCAAUACUGAUAAAACAAUGUGUAUGCAUUCCUGUGAAUGUCAAAAAGGACACUUUAUUCAGUAAGUCAGGAGAUGUAUUGCUGUACCUCAUAAAAAAAAAAAAACAUACGUCUGUUCUCUUGCCAGCAGUGUGUUUUGAUUUUGAUAAUACAGUCCACACUGAUACAGGGAAUGCUUAACAGAAAAAUUGCUUUAAUGACGGUAACAAAAUUCAGUAUCAGCCUAUCCCAUAACUAACAGCAAUGUCAUUUGGACUACCAUUUAAUUAUUUGGCCACUGGUUUUGCCUUAUUAAUGAAUGACUCAUAUUGCAUUGUGUCCUGUGCUUUUUCCAAAACAAUGCCAGGUGGCCGGCUUUUAAAUAUUCAACCUUGAAAAGGAGUCAGAAUAAUUGUGG